CAAUGGAAUUCUCAUUUGUUUAAAAGGGCUAAAGGCAGAGGAAAAUUAGCUUCAACAUGUUGAUUUGAUUAAUUCAAUCAAACGAUAACCCUGCAAAAUAAUUCAAUAGGCUGAAAGACAGAUGGAACAUAGUACACCAUUAAAAGGGUUUCAUUAGCAACAAAUACAGAACACAUACAGGGACACUUAUUCCUACAUUCCCACGCUAACAUAUCACACACUCACACAUGCCAGUUCCUAUGUCCUUCACUCUCUCAGUCUUACUCACAUAGAAACAAACUCAUCACCUGCAAACAUGACAGAAAAUGUAACCUCAAGGAUGGACACCCCAACCAACAUUUCCUUGGUGGGCCCAGGGGACCCCAUAUCCCAGUCACUGGAGUACAAGACUGUGGCAGUUUUCCUGGUUCUGCUAGUUUGUGGACUUGGCAUUGUGGGUAAUAUCAUGGUGGUUCUGGUUGUCCUCACCACGCGACACAUGCGUACGCCCACUAACUGCUACCUGGUCAGCCUGGCCAUAGCGGACCUCACCGUGCUGGUGGCCGCUGGUCUACCCAAUGUGUCAGACAGCCUGACGGGCACCUGGGUGUUUGGGCACGCUGGCUGCCUUGGCAUCACCUACCUCCAGUACCUUGGCAUCAAUGUGUCCUCCUGCUCUAUCACAGCCUUUACUGUGGAGAGGUACAUUGCUAUCUGCCACCCAAUGAGGGCUCAGACAGUGUGCACGGUGUCCCGGGCCAAGCGGAUCAUAGCAGGGGUGUGGUUGUUCACCUGUGUCUACUGCAUGCUGUGGUUCUUCCUGGUGGACAUCCAGGUAAUGAAGAGCGGCAGCAUCCAGUGUGGCUACAAGGUGUCCCGUGACCUCUACCUCCCCAUCUACCUCAUUGACUUUGCCAUCUUCUACGUGAUCCCUCUGCUCCUGGCCAUCGUCCUGUACGGCCUCAUCGCCCGCAUCCUGUACCUCAACCCACUCCCCAACCGGCCCGACGUGGGCACGGUCUCCGCUGGUGCUACCACGCUCCGCAGGAGCUGCAAGGAACCAGCGAAUGGAGGGAAAGGGGGUCGUCAGGGCCGCCCGAAGAGCACGCUCUCCUCCAGGAAACAGGUCACUAAGAUGCUCUCAGUGGUGGUGAUCCUGUUUGCUUUACUGUGGAUGCCCUACCGGACCUUGGUCCUUAUUAACUCCUUCAUUGCCACACCCUACCUGGACGCCUGGUUUGUACUGUUCUGUCGGAUCUGUAUGUAUGCCAACAGUGCCAUCAACCCUGUAGUGUACAACCUGAUGUCUCAGAAGUUCCGUUCAGCGUUCCGGGGGCUCUACAGGUGCCAGAGGCAGGAGGCUCACCACCGCACCCUAUCCAUGAUCCAGAGCGGCUACAGCAUGGCCAGGGACCCACGCACCCCACAGCAGACCAGCAACGAGACCAAACAGGGGGCCAGGAGAGUGACCUGCACUGACACAGUGACGGAGUGGCAGAGCAAAGACACCUCCCCAGCCAAAGAGAGGAAGGAUCACCUGAAGGAAGAGAGGAAAGACACAAGCUGUGGUGAGAUCAAAUCAACACCUCAGCAAACUGAGAUCAACUCCACAUCUGGGCAAACUGAGAUCAUGUCCACACCUAGGCAAAAUGAGAUCAAAUCCACAGCUGGGCCGAACGAGAUCAAAUCCACACCUGGGCAAAAUGAGAUCAAGUCCACACCUGGGCAAAAUGAGAUAAAGUCCACACCUGGGCAGAACGAGAUCAAGUCCACACCUGGGCAGAACGAGAUCAAGUCCACACCUGGGCAAAAUGAGAUCAAGUCCACACCUGGGCCGACUGAGGCAGGAAUGAAUCACACAGUGCUGUAGAUAAAACAAGCCUGUUUUAACAUGAGGAAGUGAGUAUUAGUCAUUCACCGAUCCAAACUAAUUUUGGUAACAUAUCAAGAAUGGAAAAGUCAUCCAUCUCAUUACCCUUGAAUAAGCACUAUCACCUAUUGCAGAAUGAAAAGAUUCUCGCCAAUAACACUAUAUCAUUUAGGAUUCCGGGUUUUUGGCUGUUGCAUGGUCAAAAAAAGCAUCAUCAACA